UUUGCGUAAAUCCCACUUGAUUGCUUCACCUUCCUCCCCAGCUUCUCUCUCAUAACUUGAAUCCUAAGUAUGAUUAACACCCUCUCUCCUCUUUAAAUCACCACAAUUAGUUCCUCACUUUUACCCUCUCCACGCAUAACAACACUGACACAUUUUUCACCUCCUCCUCAAAAAAACGUUUCACUGACACAAGCACACGGGCAAUGUCUCACUAUAUAGAGCCACUGAUGACCACUUCUUCAUAGUUCAGAGAGCCUUUCUCCAUAAUUAAGAAAAACGCUGUCCUUUUGUGUCCUUUUUUCUUCCUCUGUCCUCGCACACAUGGGUCGCCAUUCCUGUUGUUUAAAGCAAAAAUUAAGGAAAGGUUUAUGGUCCCCCGAAGAAGAUGAGAAGCUUUUCAACUACAUAACCAGAUUUGGCGUUGGCUGCUGGAGUUCCGUCCCCAAACAAGCCGGACUCCAAAGGUGUGGAAAGAGUUGCAGAUUGAGAUGGAUAAACUACUUGAGGCCUGAUUUGAAGAGAGGAAUGUUCUCUCAACAAGAGGAGGAUCUUAUCAUUAGUCUUCAUGAAGUUCUAGGAAAUAGGUGGGCUCAAAUUGCAGCUCAAUUACCAGGGAGAACAGAUAAUGAGAUUAAGAACUUUUGGAAUUCGUGUUUGAAGAAGAAGCUUAUGAAGCAAGGGAUUGACCCUGCAACACACAAGCCUCUCCUCGGUGCUGAAGAACACAUAAUUAUAAAGGUAGAGAAGGAAACCAUAUUGGAGACACCACCUAAUCCUAUUCUAUUACAAGUGUCUCAAGGGAUUUUAGUUUCCUCAAAUGAGUCACCACUUGUAGUCAACAAUUCAAGUUACUAUGAUGGUGGACUGAAUGUAACAGAAGAAGCUUCAAGGGACGUUUUCAUGAGCAAGAAUGCUGCUUUAGACUACCCUUUGUCUUACUUUGAAUUCCAAAUGGGUUACAACCCAAUUAGACAAUUUGAUCAGAACCAUAUUGUGGGGACCAACUCAAGCUAUGGAUUCUCCUCAUUGCCGUGUCUAAAUAGUUCUUCUGAUCAUGGGAACAUGUUGGUGGAGGCGGAGUUUUCAGAUAACAACUCAGCUUCUAAAAUCAGUGCUUUGAUGAAGGAAAGUUCCAGCAAUAGCCCAAGCAUGAGUGUUUAUCCAGCUGGGGGAGGGUGCCAAAUGAUGGAAAAUGCAGGGUUCUCAUGGGAUGGUGAGAACCACAAUAAUAAUACUAAGAUUGAUCCUUUGUUACAGUUUCAUGUCAAUGUGGUAAAAUCUAAAGAGUUCAAGACAAGUUCGUGGCAAGAAGGGCAGAUUCUGACUCAGAAUUCGAUAGAUUUCACUAGCUAUCCGUUAAUGUCACUGUCUGAGGAUCUAACCGGAGCAAAUUUUGAUGUUUUCCAGCACAUGUGAGCUGUAAAAAAAUUCUCAUUUUUUUUUUUACUUUAUUCUGAGUUGAAUUUUUUUGAACUCUUUUUCUCUCGUGGAAAGUUGAAACGGCCAAGAUAGAAAACAAUAGGAAGAUGUUGAUAACAGGAAAAUUUGUAGCAAAAAGAUUUGAGAAUUGAUGAUCCCCCCCACUCCCCUCCGGAUAUCUUUGUUUUUCCUGUUGAUGUGUCUGUUUUCAUCAGCAGAAGUUUGGAUGACGAUUAUUGCUGAUUAAUGAGUGAAGCUAAAUUUUUUUUGUGAUCCUAA